AUGCGGAAAGGACCCAAAGGCGGAUGUCACGGUCCGUUGGUGGAUUCGAACCAUGUCCUUUUGUUUGGAUUUGGUUUGGAGCUUGUUGAGGAGUGCGAUACUCGUACUGUAACCUCACCAUCAACUGACGAGAUUGGAGGUAAUAAGAUGGGCGCCCAAAGCUCAAAAGCAGCACGGAGGUUCCCACCACGACCAACCUCAGGUGCAUCUCCAUCCACACCAACACCUACGCCGACAGCGACACCUUCCGCCGCCCCACCUCACAUGAACCUCGGGCCUCAUCAACCACUACAUGCCAAUCAAGCUACGACGGCAUCCACAGAGACAAAAGAGGAUCCCCGAGAGGAGCAUAAGCGACUGUUGGAGCAUUAUCAACAGAUGGCUUUUGAUGUGCAUUCUAUACCCAAGCGAGAGUACAGAAAGGACAACGAACUUCUCAACAUUCUGGCAAAACGCGACCAAAACACUGUCCAAGACCAACGCCCCCCAUCCGCCCAAACCCUUCCAGGUACCCUCAGAAGACUACCUACCCGUGAUAUAGCAGAUCUAUUUGCCCUCCGACGCAUGGCAGGCCCUGCUGCAUGGCCUCCAUCCAAACUGGCGGAAAAAUAUGGAUUGGAUGAAAAGAUAGUGGACAUUUUGUUGAGAUAUUAUAAUACCCAUGAGACGGUUGGGAUGGCGGGAGGGAGUGAGCGCAUGGAUGGGAUUUGGGUGGAGGAUUUGGUGGAGUUUCGAAAAAGGGAGGCCAAAGGAAAAGGGGGUUUGUAGAUUGUAUUCGAACUGGGAUUUGGUAUCUUAGUGUGGAGGUGAUUGAAAAUGGCACUAGAACUCAUUAUUAUCCGGAUUAAUCCGGUUAGUCAUAUCGCAUAAUCAGCAUCCCCUCUAUCACUCAGAUUGGUGUGGCAUGCAUGCUAAUGU